AUGGCUUCUUUCAAAUUUCUUAUAUUCCUUUCGUCUCUCCUCGUGAUUUCGUUGCUUAGCCUUGCCAGUGGCAAUGAAGCAGCACCCACUUACAGCUAUCACUUUUGCUCAAACACAACCUUCACCGCCAACAGCACCUACCAAUCCAAUCUCGACCUCGUCCUCUCUUCUCUUUCCUCUAAAGCCACUCCGGUCACUGGGUUCUCCAACGCCUUCGCUAGCGAGGUCUCCGGGCUAUUUUUGUGCCGUGGCGACGUCAACACCACAGUCUGUCAAGACUGCGUUGCCAACGCAGCCAAAGGGAUACUACAAAGCUGCCCCUUUCAGAUUGGGGCUAUAAUAUGGUACGACGAGUGCUUGUUACGUUACUCCAACGAAUCCAUCUUCGCCACCAUUAACGAGGGGCCCUGGGUAUCCCUGCCGAACUCGCUGUUUAUCCUAGACGCAGAGAUAGGCCACCGCUUGAACGAGUUGCUGAACAGGACAAUGAAUUCGUUGGCGACUCUUGCGUCGAAUUCUUUGACGGGAAAGAAGUUUGCGACGGAGGAAGAGGAAUUCAACAGUUCACAGGCGCUGUCACAGACGCUGUCAAAGACGCUGUACAGCCUCGUGCAGUGCACGCCGGACCUGACUGUGUCUGAUUGCUAUAAAUGUAUCCGAGGCGCCAUAGGAACUCUUCCUUCGUGCUGUUAUGGACAACAAGGCGGAAGGGUUCUGCUACCAAGUUGUAAUAUUAGAUAUGAAUUGUACUCAUUUUACAACGUCACAGCUGCUUCGCCUGCAUUUCCUCCUCCUCCUCUUCCUCUUCCUCCAGGAAAAAGCAAGUCAUCUCUAAUUAUUAUCAUCGCCAUUGUUGUCCCAAUUGCUGGUUCCGUCGUGCUUUUCUCCAUUGGCUGUUUCUUCCUGCGUAGAAGAAUAAAGAAGACUUACAAUACAUCACUAGCAGAAAAUGUUGGGGUUGAAAUUACAUGUGUAGGGUCCCUGCAAUUUGACUUGGGUACAAUUGAUGCUGCCACAAACAACUUCUCUGAUGAUAACAAGAUUGGAAAAGGAGGAUUUGGUACGGUUUACAAGGGAACCCUUUACAAUGGACAAGAAAUAGCAGUGAAGAGGCUAUCCAAAAGCUUUGGGCAGGGUGUAGAAGAAUUUAAGAAUGAGGUUAUGUUGGUUGCGAAGCUUCAACAUAAGAAUCUAGUAAGGCUCUUAAGAUUUUGCUUGGAAGGACACGAAAAGAUACUCGUUUAUGAAUAUGUGCCCAACAGCAGCCUUGAUUACUUUUUAUUCGACACAGAAAGGCAAAGACAACUGGAUUGGUUAACCCGUUACAAGAUUAUAGGAGGGAUUGCUCAAGGGCUUUUUUAUCUUCACGAAGAUUCUCGGCUUAGAAUUAUACAUCAUGAUCUUAAAGCUAGCAAUGUUUUAUUAGACAGCAAUAUGAAUCCAAAGAUUUCAGAUUUUGGCAUGGCGAGGAUAUUUGUAAUGGAUCAAACCCAAGGAAACACAAGUAGAAUCGUGGGAACAUAUGGUUAUAUGUCUCCAGAGUAUGCAAUGCAUGGACGAUUCUUUGUGAAGUCCGAUGUAUUUAGCUUUGGCGUCCUACUUCUAGAGAUUAUCAGUGGGAAAAUGAACAAUUGUUUCUACCAAUCAGAACAUGAUGAGGACCUCUUAAGCUUUAUAUGGAAACAGUGGAAGAAUGGAACCCCCUUGAAACUGUUGGAUCCAACACUGAGAGAUUCAUUUUCAAAAAAUGAAGUGAUUAGAUGCAUCCAUAUUGGCUUAUUGUGUGUUCAGGAGGAUCCAGCCAGCCGACCAACAAUGGCAACAGUUGUUCUCAUGCUCGACAGUCACUCUGUGAGCCUGCAGUUGCCGCAGCAGCCGGCAUUUUUGUUUCGGAGAAAAGCAAAGAGGAACAUGAAUACAAAGGAAGCGGGGCAUGAUGAUUCUACAACCCAAUCAGUUCCAUAUUCUGUUGAUGACGCAUCGAUCACCCAAAUACACCCUCGAUAGUGUGAGGAAGCGAGGUGUUGUCUGUCUUGGUGUUAUUUGCUACCUAGAAUUUAAACUUUGGUCGAACAUAUGUACAUUCAUAUAUAAACAUAGACGCCCGUUUAAAAGUAGAUGUGCCUAAUAAAAUGCAGAAGUGAAAACAAA